CCUCCAUGUACAAAAGAUAAAUGGUCUCUUUGUAUAUAAUCCUUUUUUGCUCCUAUGUGAUUGUCAUGCUCUCUGACUUCCUUUUCACUUGAUAAGUGACUCAAGCAUCUUAAUCUUUGUAUUCUCCUUUCCUUUCUAUUUAACAAUGUGAACAUUUACUUGAUGUAUAGCACAUCUAAAAAGUGGAGGGAAAACCUAUUUAAAUUCUUAGUUAACAGAAGUGAAUUCAACUAUCAUUUAAACCCAAGAAACUAAAAAUUAUCCGUCCCUCAUCUUCUAUCAAAAAUGUGUCCCAUGCAUUUUUUGUUAAAAGCAAUUUUAGAAAACAAUGUUUAGGUUCAAACCAUAUAUUUGAGACAGCAUUGCAUAUAGUGAACUAUGUUGCUUCCUGCUCUGCUUUGCUGUCCAUCUAAAGUGGUGAUAUUAGCCUGUUAUCUAAGUCUAGCUUUAGGCCAAUGGCAAAUGGAUCCUUAUAAUGAUAGGAAAGAGAGCAAGAAACAAAAUGAUACUUAUAACUUGUCUGCUUUAAAUAAUCAGUCAAAAUUGAGAGCACCAUAAUGUGAGAGUGUAAAACGAAUGUCACGUUUAUAAAUGCAAGAAAAUUACCCAAAGUAGAGUAUAUGAUUAGAAACCCAUGAGCAGAUUCCCUAAAGGUUGCCCAAGACAAUAACAUCUAGUGGAAGGGGAAUCUUGAAAAUCAGUAGUGGAGAAAUCGCAAAUGGCAUAAGCAGUACAAUUCUAACAAGCAAACAAAGGAAAGCUGAUAUGAUUACAAGGCUGGCGUAUGCUACAAAAGAAAAAUCCCCACAAUCAUUCGAGGCAAGCACAUCGGACCCUAGGAAGUCCCAUUUUGUAGACAUGGGUUUCUCACCAGAAUUGGUGGACAAACUCAUUAAGGAACAUGGUGAUGAGGAUUCAGAUUCACUUUUAGAAACGCUUCUGACAUAUUCAGCCAUUCAGGACUCUUCUCCACCUCGUGAGCCUUUUGCUACGAAUCCAUCUGAUUCAGAAAGUGAAGGAACUGAUUUGGUAUCUGACCUCUGGGAAGCAGACAGCUCUGAGAAUGAGGAAUCAGAGAAUCCAGAUACUGAUCAAGAUAAACUACGACGUCAGUUGGUGGACAUGGGUUUCCCUGAAGAUGAUGUUAUUUCUGCCAUGGACAGAUGCGGUCCAAAUGCGUCAAUUCCUGAGCUUGCAGAUUCUAUUUAUGCUGCUCAAACUGCCAAGGCAGCAGGCAUUGAAGAUUCUGAGGCAUUAAGGCUGAGCAGUUCAGAGUCUUCAUACGAUGAUGAGUUUGAGACUGAGCCAUCUGACUACUACUCUAUUCUUCCUCCGAGUCCUGAAAAUCAGAACUGGGGAAAACGACCCUUCCAUGAAAAGAAAAGGAAGUGGGAUGAGCUAUCUCAUGGGAAAAAGAAAAGGACCAAACAGCCCAAUUCCAUUGAGAGGAAGAAGUGGGUUGAGAAACCCAUAGGCACCCAUAAAAAGGAGUGGGAAUGGACAGGCGAGCCCAAUUGGAUUGGCAGCAAUUGGAAUAAUGCCUCUGUUCUAAGGAGAGCUGGAGUAACUGAGCCAAAGAUGCUUGGUUUUGGCAUUCCAUCUAUGCCUGACAUAGUCACUUCCCGUUUUAUUCCUGAGACAGCCAUGGGCCCCCCUUACUUCUACUUUGAGAAUGUAGCGAUAAGCAAGAAAGGAACGUGGGAAACCUUCUCUCGCUUUCUGUACGACAUCGAACCUGAGUUUGUGGACUCGAAAUACUUUUCAGUUGCUAGGAGAAAGCGAGGUUAUAUCCACAACCUCCCCAUAGAGAAGCGUUCCCCUCUCCUACCUAUUCCCCCCUUGACCAUACAAGAGGCCCUACCAUUCACAAAGGAAUGGUGGCCCUCUUGGGACACAAGGACCAAACUGAACUGCAUUCUUGGAUGUACGGGGAGUGCACAACUCACAGAGAGAAUUAGGAAAGCAUUGGUUUCUUGUAAUGGGGAACCAUCUUUCGAGACCCAAAAGUAUGUGAUGGAGCAAUGCAAAAAGUGGAACCUUGUAUGGGUUGGUUUGAAUAAGGUAGCUCCAUUGGAGCCCGAUGAGAUAGAACCCAUCUUGGGUUUUCCCAAAUAUCACACUCGAGGAGGGGGCAGUAGUCGAACUGAGAGAUUGAGGGCUUUAGGUAACUCAUUUCAGGUGGACACCGUAGCUUACCAUCUUUCAGUUUUGAAGCCCCUCUUUCCUAGUGGCCUCACUGUUUUCUCCCUCUUUACUGGUAUAGGCGGGGCUGAAGUGGCCCUAUAUAGGCUUGGGAUACCUUUUAAGGCUGUGGUUUCAGUUGAGAUAUCAGAAGUGAGCCGAACCAUUUUUAGGAAUUGGUGGGCUCAAACAAAUCAGAAGGGGGUGCUGUUAGAGAUAGAAGAUGUCAAGCAACUAACAAAUGAUAAGUUACAGCAUUUGGUUUCUAGUUUCGGUGGUUUUGAUCUGGUUAUUGGAGGGAGCCCAUGCAACAACCUCUCAGGUUGUAACAGGGUGACCAGGGAUGGCCUCGAGGGGAAGCACUCUUCACUGUUCUUUGAUUACUUCAGGAUAUUGGAUGUGAUCAAAUGUAUCAUGGCAAAGAGAAGGUAAAUUGCCUUCUUGCCAUUGUGACCUUAUUUCCGAAAGUUUGAGGGGUG